CGGUCUAUGCCUUUGCCAUCAAAGUCAAAAAAUGUGUUGUUUGUAUGGUCUUUGGUACACAGCACAAGUUCAUAUAUCGCAAUAAGCAGUUAACAUCCAAAUUUCAAAGUAAAGUGAUGCAGCGCAUAGCUUCAGUGAAGUCAAGGAAUCUAGGUGCAUCUAUUUCCGCAUUGCACGCGGAAAAGCCCCACAAUGUGGCCAAGACUACUCCAGCUGCUUCUAAUCUACCAUAUCAUAAGGUUUCCGAGAAGACGACGGAGACGUCGGAAUCGAAACCGAAGGGCCCUCAAAAUCGAAAUGCAGGACUGACGAGUGUUGGGCCACAAGUGGUGAGAAAGGCCAAUGUGGGUCUUACUCCCAAGCCAGGUGCCUCGCUGGGCUCCGGAGCCAGCAGGAGCCCUGCCUCCAGUAGGAGCCACCACUUCUGCAUUCCCGUACGGAGCUGUUAUACUGUGACCAGCCGCGCUCGCCGCUCCUACGACCACGGGGUCUUCCUGUACCACCUGUCCCAGUUGGAGCAGACGGGAUUCGCCAAAAGUGCGGCGGAUCCCAUGAAGUCUGUGCCGGCAGCGGAGCUUCAACUGCUGCACAGUGGACAGCGGACCACCUACCUGGAGAGGCGGUACGCACGCAGCCCGGACGACAAGUACAACUAUCCGGAGGCCACCAGCUGGCGAUACGGCUGGUUCCACCGGGAGUCCGAUCUCCUGCACAAGCGAGUGCCCCGGCGGGAUUAGAACCCCAUGAAUUCAAUGAAAUUCUUCUCUUCAUCAGGGAGUGAAAAAUAUUUGGCUUAGAAUGCUUAGCUCUUGCUUUUAAAUAAAAUGUAUAUAAAU